AUGACACCUGCUUUCAAACAGAACAAGAUUGAUACUGGUAAUUUGCCAUUAUCUGCUAUUCAAGCAUUAAGAACCAGUAAACGCAUAAGCUCAACAGCGAAACCAGCUUUCACACUGAACGAGACUGAUGCUGAUAAUUUGCUAGUGUCUCCUUCACUUGUAUCAAGAACCAGUAAACGCUUAAGUUCAACAGCGACACCAGCUUUCACACUGAACAAGACUGAUGCUGAUAAUUUGCUAGUGUCUCCUUCACUUGUAUCAAGAACCCGUAAACGAUUAAGUUCAACAGUGACACCAGCUUUCACACUAAACGAGACUGAUACUAAUAAUUUGCCAGAGUCUUCUUCUCAAGCAUCACAAAAGCGUAAAAGAUCAACUUCAACACCUCAAGCGACAACCAUUUUAACACUUAUGGAGAUACCUGUUUCAACUUCAAAAAAGGCUGCAGAUAAUGGUAAAAGUCUAUCCUCUUCUACACGUCAAAAUCAUCCAAAAACAUAUUCAGUGUCUUCUGCUGCUACAAGAGAUCAUUUGCCAUUCUCUCCUGAUGUCCACCGACAAAGCUAG